UGAAUGGAGCUCAUUAUGCAUGCAGCCUCCACGCAGCUCCAUUCACAAGCAGCGCUCCCCUCCUCUCCGUUUGCAAGGCUUGCGUGGAUCGCACUCAACUCAAGCCUAAAUGACCACAAACGGUUAACGGAUGGAUUAUAAGAUGGACGGAUAUUUGGACCAGCAAGUGCCUUACACUUUAGCAAAUAAGUCGCAUGGAAAUGGGCCCCUAAAUAGACUGUUGAUGGCAGCGAAAAGGAAAUACAUGGACACAGAAUUGCCCCCUCAGGAAUCUGAAGACCUCUUCCAGGAUUUAAGCCAACUCCAGGAGACAUGGCUCACAGAAGCUCAGGUUCCGGACAGUGAUGAACAAUUUGUUCCCGACUUCCACUCCGAGAACUCGGUGGCAUUUCACAGCCCGCCAGUCACCAUCAAGAAGGAGCCGCAGAGCCCGGGAUCCGACCCCAGCCAGUCCUGUAGCCACAAGCAGAGCUUCAGCUACCCCAGCGGAGAGCAGUGCCUUUAUGCCAGUGCCUAUGAGCAGAAAAGGGCUGCAGGAGGAGCCAAGAGCUCCUGCCCGGGGACCCCCAUGUCUCCCAUGCAGCAGCAUUACUCCCCUAAACCCGCCACGGCCGGACGGCCAGACGCCGGCUACAUGAACCCCGCCGCCACCUCCCAGCCACUGCCUAGCAACAGUUACCCCGUCAACCCCAGUUCCAGGUAUCAGGGCGCCUCAGGAGACCUUUGCCCCCAGUUCCCUCCACCGGGGCAGGCCUUUCAGCGCAUGCCAUCUGCCCCUGCUGGACAUGGAGGCAGUGGGUCAGGUGGAGGUGGAGGACCAGGGGGUGGAGGAGGAGGAGGAGGAGGAGGUGGAGGUUAUCACCGGCAGCACUCGGACCCCUGCAUGCCGUACCUGCAGCAGAGCUUUAAGCAGGAGUACAUGGACCCGCUGUACGAGCGGGCGGCUCACAUGGCGGGCCCGGGACACCGGAGCGGGCCGGGACACGGACAAGGACCUCACCCCCAUCCCCACCAACACCAACACCAACACCCUCACCCCCAUCCACAUCCGCACUCACACCCGCUCCCACACAGGUUCCCACCAGCCCACAUGAUGGUGAAGCAGGAGCCGACAGACUACACCUACGAACCCGAUGUGCCUGGAUGUCCCUCCAUGUACCACCACAGCGAGGGCUACCCAAACCCCCAGCACAGCAAUGAAGGCUAUCUGUUCGAAAACGACUCCCGUGUGGUUCCAGAGAAGUUCGAAGGGGAGGUAAAGCAGGAGGGCGGCGGCGUUUUUCGCGAGGGCACACCGUACCAGCGCCGAGGCUCUCUGCAGCUCUGGCAGUUCCUGGUGGCCCUGCUGGACGACCCGGGUAACUCUCACUUCAUCGCCUGGACCGGUCGCGGCAUGGAGUUCAAACUCAUCGAACCCGAGGAGGUCGCCCGGCUGUGGGGGAUGCAGAAGAACCGUCCGGCCAUGAACUACGACAAACUCAGUCGCUCUCUGCGCUAUUACUACGAGAAGGGAAUCAUGCAGAAGGUGGCGGGCGAGCGCUAUGUUUACAAGUUUGUGUGCGAGCCCGAGGCCCUCAUCUCUCUGGCCUUCCCCGACAAUCAGCGGCCCAGCCUGAAGGCCGAGUUCGAGCGCUACGUUAACGAGGAGGACACCGUGCCCCUGUCCCACCUGGACGAGGGAGUCCCCUACACCACAGAACAAGCCCCCCAAAACAUGGGCCCCCAGCCCUACUCCAAAGGCUACAUGUACUAAAAAGCCAGCCCCCUGCCACCCAUCCUCCCUCUUUUCUCCCCACCUUCAGAGAUCUUCCUGUUGUACCGACCCUUCAUCAUACACACCUUGAAACCCCCCCCCCCCCUCCUCCUGCACCUCUUGCACAUGCCCACCCCCUCCACUUGUAUAUAAGGCUAUGGUGUUUUUGUUUUAAAUUAAUCUCAUUAGGGAUUCUUUUUUGUUUUUGUUUUUAAGAGUUGCAUUCCUCUCACAUCUGAGGCCUGUUCAAUCCAAGACAUGACGAUUGUGGUUGAAGAGAUUGCUUAAUAAAUACCCAUAAUAAUACGCAAA